AUGACCUCAGAUAGCAAGACGAUGUUUGCGCUACAUCGUCUUACUUCGUUAUUUGCUUUCAGGAGAUAUUUCCAAGCUUUUUACAGAGCCAGAAGUUUAUCGUUGGAAACCCCAAACUUAGGCAAGAUCAAUUCUGUCAAGAAUUACCUGAAAAAUAUUGAGAAAAACGAAAUGGCACUUAGUAUCGAAAAGAAAGAAUAUGAGAGUGGUAGAAAGUUCCUGGCUCAAAUUAUGGGUUAUGACCCUGUCCAUUUCACACCUGAACAGGUUAAUGAGGCUAUUGAGUAUCUUCUUCCGUCUUCGUUGUUUACUAAACGUGCUCGUCCUGUCUUCAAAGAACCACACCUAGUGUUUCCUCCGCAAAAACAAUUGCAGUGCGAUAUAAAUGGCAGACCAGUUAAUAGCUAUUUUUACACAACACACCAAAACUUUUACAAAAUCAUGAACGAGGCAACUUACAAACUAGAAGAGAUUAAACAUCAUGCUGAUCAGUCGUAUUUUGACAGGACGACCAUUAAGCCCACAUUGAAAGAAGUCCAUUGUGCGACGUCAAGCGACUUUAUGUCGAAAGUAAAUCUCAUGAAAAUGAUUAACGAAACUAUAUCGGAUGCACAGUAUAAACAGUGGUUAGUCUUAAUGAAGCGUUUAUCAGAACACCCACUGUCGUAUUUGGUCGAAGAAUUUAUUCAGCGUUUUAAAGCCCAAAUAUGCGGUCCUACUUCAGAGAUUAAAUUUCCCGAGCCAUUUCUAGACUCAGUAACAAACAGAAAAUGUGUGCAAGCAUUUGGUCAAAAGAAAAACUCGUUUGCUGAAGUAACACUAUACAUGCCUGGUACUGGUGACGUCACAGUAAACGGAGCACGACUUCUAGAAGUAUUUCCUGAGCUUGGAAAUCGAGAACAAAUAGUAUUCCCUUUACAACAAACAAACACCGUUGGUAAAGUAGACAUAAUUGCUACAGUAAGCGGGGACGGUUCGAGCAGUUUGGCGAAUGCUCUUCGUUUGGCGAUAGCCAGGUGUUUGGCCUCAAUGCUUCCGAUAGAUCAGGGAAAAAAUAGACUAUUGGUAACUGGUUUAUUGUCUCAGGAUAACCGGUUUGCGGAACGUAAGCAACCAGGUCAAAGAAAAGCACGCAAGAAGCCUAUUUGGUGAGUAUUUUUUUAAUGAACGGUUUUACUUAUUUCUAUUUUUAUUGAAAUCAACAAGUACUGUUCUGAUUCAUGUAAGUGGUAUUAUUUAUCAAAGGUCAUUACUUUUGUACUGUUCAAAAUUCCAAAGAAAUGUAUUCCAUACUAUUCGAAUCCUUACUUCUUGAGUUAAGUGAUGUUGUGGAUGGCUGGGCAAAUGUCAGUUAACAAUAAAGAUUUCAACAGAUCUUAAAAACGAUAUAAAGACCUGCUAAUAUCAAUACUAUCCUCUACGCUACUAAUUGUCGUUUUCCUUUGGAACGAUUUUAAAAUCUUUGCAACAUACCAUUGAUAUUUAGCAUUGUUCAAAUUCACUAUAAGCGUUUGAAAUUUAAGUACUGAUACAACCACCAGAUUGAACAAGCUACUCGACUAGAUUCAAAGGCAUGGGUACAAGGUUUCUACCCUCCUCCCGACCGUUGCUGCUACCUU